UGAAUGAUCUUCGAGGAGCUCCUGCCUGACUUGUUUCAUGUACGUGUAAAUUUCCGAGGUCAGAAACCUUGACACGCCCUGAUGGUAGGUUGGAUACGAGAGUUCACUGUACAUAAUCAUUUCUCUGAUCGCUACAUAUGCAGUAUCAGCAUGUUGGCAUUACUACUGUUCUCCGUUCUCCUGCAUUUCGCCACUGGGACGACCCGAGCUUUUGAAUGCCAUACGACCCCCAGCUCAUUGUUCUCGCGCUGGACUGCUCCUCUGGCUCGUUUGGUAUCCGAUUUUUUGCAUAGCCAAUGCGAGAGCCACAAAGACCUCUUUGAAGACAGGAGAAUCCAUAUUGCUACGUGGCCGCAAUAUGGAAAUUUCACUACCACAGGCACGGAGUUGACGACAUUUUCGAGUGUCCAAGGUUUCGCAUUCGCUAUACCCAGGUGUGCGUCAGCCGGAAGCAGACAAGCGGUGCUCGACGACCUCAUGAGUAUGAUGGGAUAUGAGAUGGGCAGUAUGCUGAACUUCUCGAUGCCGGUUGAGUGGUCAACAUUCUCGAUUAUCGGUGGGCAGCCAACCUUGCAUGCAGCUGAUAGAAGGCCGUCGAUUGCAGAAAUUGGGCCUCGAACGAACAGGUUUGGCCACUUUCGAACCUUCUAUUCCAGCACAAACAGAAAAAUUGAGGUGAACAUUGAUGCGCAAGGUCACUGGUUUGAUAACGCAAGUUCCCAUCUGAGCAUAGCAGGUUGCGGCGAAGCUGACAUGCGCUCACGACUGGUCACAUUGGAGACACAUUACUUUUCCUCGGAAGGAUUAACCAUCGUAUCAGAUGUGGAUGAUAUUCUUCGAGUUGCCGAGAUCUGGAAUCCUAAACAGAUGAUCUUCAACACCUUUGUGCGGACCUUUCAGCCUUGGUUGGAAAUGCCCCAGAUUUAUCGAGACUAGCAAUCCACGGCACCUUCAGCACAUUUCCAUUGGCUUUCAGAUACGCCGGAGCUUGGCUAUGACUUUUAUGUCCAGGGUAUAAAUAAGUAUUAUCCUGCAGGCACGUUUGACUUUCGACCGAUGAUAUACGACAGCAUCCACGAGACGAUGAGUCCUCGCUACAACAAUCUGCACCGGCUCAUGGAGUCCUUUCCACGUCGAAAGUUUGUCUUCGUCGGCGACACAACGCCAGGUUCUACACUUAAGACCUACAUCGGCCUCGCAAAAGAGUACCCGGAUCAAGUCCAGUGCAUAAUUGUCAGGGAUGUUUCUGCCACGGAGCCAGCCAACUGGAUCACACCGAACUUGAAAGAUCUGCGGAAGCUCAAGGGCAAAUACAUCAUCUUUGAUACACCUCAAGAUCUCGACAAC